GUAAUAAAGAAUAGAGUGGACAGAAAUGUUAAAGAAAAGAGAACCGCUAUCGAGGACACAUGGGUCUGAUUUUGCCUGCCUCCCUGUUGCUUUGUUUUUCCUUCACGCUUAUCCAUCUAUCCAUACCUAUACUUACAUUUAAUCUAUAUAUACACAUUUUCUGCAGAUUGUCAGAUAAAAAUUAUUCAAGGUUUUAAGUCAUAAAUAUUGGCUUUUUCAAGAAAUAUCAAGAACAUCAUCAAGAACAUCAAAUUACACCGUUUUACUUUGACCCAGUUGCUUUGAUCAGGUUCUUUUGGGUAAAGCUUGGAUCUUUAUGAGAUGGCAUGAUCAAAUUACAUGAUUGAUUGAUUGAUGUCUUCUUAUCUGGAGUUUGAGCUUUAUUUUUGCUGAAAACACCAUUAAAACCUCAUUCUGUCAGUCUUGCUGCUCUGAACGUGAUGAUGACAAUGCUAUCUACUCGUUUUCCUCCUCCAGUCUAUGUUUUGGUGUCGGUGCUACAUUGUGUAGGAAUGAAGUUGAACUUUCACAGAUAGACAGCAAAUUCUUCUAAACAGACAUGAAAAUUAGUUAGGCAUAAUCACCGAUAUGUGUUCUAUAACUGCAAUGGGGUUAAGCAAUUAAUUUCUGCCACUUUGGUAGGAAUGCCGGACAACUUUGAAAUUUGGGCAUAUCUGGGAUAAUAUAGAAUAACAUUGGAUUUUAGUUGAUUACUUAGAUAAGAUACAACACCUUAUUUAGGAUUUGUAAUGGGUUUACCUCAAGUCUCCUCCGCCAACACUGCUGAUGAAGUAGCAGUAUCAUUGAGCACGUUCGUUCAAACUCCAUCACGAUUUGGCGGUGGAAGUAGUUGCGACAUGAGUGGAAUGUGCGUAGGGAGUUUUGGCAAUCGUAUGCCAGGGGAUUUGAUUUGUGGAACAUCAGAUGACCCAGAUGGUCCAAAUGCGCCUAAAGAUAGUAUGACCACUGCUAGUAGGUUGAAGACUAAUUCUGUAGAAAAAAGCUGCAUCUUCACUCAUAAAGGUGAGAGAAAUGUUCUGAAUCCUGUUUCAAGGAUAGUGGGGUUUGAAUCAAAAUCUUUGAAUCCCCCUGCCUUCGAUGUGGAGGAUAACCCAUGUGAUGAGCUUCGUUCAUCAUCUAUGGUUACUAUUGCUCAAACUGCAACCACGAAUCAAUCUCUAGUUAAGAAGCGGUUGUUGUCACCUUUGUGUGGCCCACUUAUGUCAGAUCAAUUCAGGAAAGAACCUCUAAACAUUGGUGGCACCAUCUAUAACCAUGAAUCUCGGGUAAGCAGUGUGAGAUGUAGUGAUACACUUCUGCAAGAGCAAAAAGAAGUUCAGACAAGGAGUCCCGACUAUUUUAGCAAUCUUAUUUGGUCUACAUCCAGCUUUCAAGAAAGGAUAAAUUGUCAUAAUGAACAUCGUUUAACCAACUUCAGUUCUCUUACUGAUGGGCCUUUGCUUGAUGACAAAGAUGUUACGCGUCUGGGUCUUUCGUCAUCUUUUCACAGUGGGCCGAUCCCUAUAUCACCAGAAAAGGUAGCCUCCUCAUCUCUGUGUUUGUCACCGCUACGCCCCAAAUUCUCUGGAAGAUUGAAAUUAUCAGGAGGGUGUAUGGAUGUCAGUGAAGAGUUAGAUUGCAGCUAUUUAACCUUCAAGGAUUUGGAACAGUCACUUGAUAGAACUGUUCUGGAGACAUUUUCGUCUCAUAGAAAUGGAGAUGUUAGAGUAGCAAGUAAAUCAUUUGCUGAAGUUGAACACCUGCAGCAUAAGACCGGUCAGUUCACUCCUGAAUGUAUGAAUGCUGUAAAAGAAAACUGGUUGCAGGAUUCAACACCUAUCAGUCCCUGUACUAAGUUUGGUAGAAGUUUAAGUGGAUUGUCCAUACGGAGGUCAUUGGUGGGUUCUUUCGAGGAGUCACUGCUGUCUGGACGUAUAGCGUCUGGAAUUGUCAACCAGAAGAUCGAUGGAUUCCUUGCUGUACUUAACAUUACUGGAGGAAGCUUUUGGCCACAUCCUCAGAAACUUCCAUUCUCGGUAACAAGUGUUGAUGGGGAUAAUUGCUUACUUUACUAUUCAUCGGUAGAUCUUGCUGGAAAUUUAGCAUCAGACAAGGUUAAGGGUCCAAAAAUGAAGAAGAGCCUCAACAGCAAUAAUUCACAGGCAGAAAAGAGCCGCCUGCGUGUGCCAAUGAAAGGGCGCAUACAGUUGGUCCUCAGUAAUCCAGAAAAGACGCCUAUACACACUUUCUUUUGUAACUAUGACUUGAGUGACAUGCCAGUCGGUACCAAGACAUUUAUGCGCCAAAAGAUCAAUCUAGAUUCUGCACCAGGGAAUGGUGGAUUCAGAGAUCCUCACAUGAAGAAAGUGGGGAAUCCUUCUCCAGAUUUACACAGUAGUCAAUCUUUACUGCAAAGCAAAACAUUGUCCACGGAUUUAAGUAGAGUUAAUGAUGUACAUAGGCAGAAAUCUACAGAGCAUGGUCCAAACAAGCUGCACAAUGGCCUUCCUCAGGAUCUUAGCGGUCUGGUGUCACCUUGUGGUGAAGUAGGUCAUAGGAAAAAGAUGAAUUCUUCGGUUGAUGACAUAACCACAAUUUCGUCCAGCAUAACCAAAAGUAAAUCAGUAAGUGGCUCUCCGAAGGCAAAUGAGAAUACAAGUGGAUCUGGCGUUCUCCGCUAUGCUCUCCAUCUCCGCUUUAUGUGCCCCUUCCCCAAAAAAAACUCUCGAACCAUCCAAAAAUGCAAAUCUGACCCCUUUUCCGAACUAUCAGGGGACAAUAAAAAGUUAGAAGUCGAACGACGCUUCUACUUAUAUAAUGACAUGAGGGUGGUGUUUCCUCAACGUCAUUCAGACGCUGAUGAAGGCAAGUUAACCGUGGAGUAUCAUUAUCCAUCGGACCCCAAGUACUUUGAUAUCAGCUGCUAGUGGUAGCAGGUGAACUCAUAUCUGGUUCUCUUGUACAUAGCUCAUAACUGUACAUACUUUUUAUGCAGUCGUCUUAUCUGAUGAGAUAGGGUAAAGAAAAAUCCCAUUGCAGUUGUACAUAUUAGUUUCAAAUAAAUUAGAUCAUCUCAUCUUAAGUUCAUUGAGAUCUGUAAAAACUUGUACAUAUUUUGUGUACCUUAGUGAAAUAAAAUAAUAAAGAUAGGAAGUAGCGUCCCCGGUGGAUUUCCUGCAAACCUCUGUUGUUCAAAAUAGAUCGAAAUUCCGUGUCUGAAAUCUGAAGAACUGGUUUAGAGUUUGUUGAUGACAUUUUUGGUUUGCUAA